AUGAGCACGGGUGACUUAAAGGAUAACCUCCCAGUUAAGCGUCGGGAGUGCUCGUGCGGUAGUGAAAGGUGCUUGAUAACCCAGCUGAGCAACCUCGAUCGUUCUCUCCUGCCGGAAAUACAAUCAUACCGGUACCGCCGUUGUGAAGCUUGCGAUUUGAAGUACGAAAUAAUUUUCCGGGGCGCGGUCCCGACACUGGAGGCUGUGGACAGUUCGGCAUCGCAUGAUAGCGAAAAAUCCAUGGGUGUUGAACCGACGACUGCUGAAUCUCCUCUGCCUCUAAAGAGCGCUGAACCGAUCGGCAUCGCAGCCUUGUGUGAUUACGCCGAUUCGAAGGAUAGCAGUGCAGCCUCCGUCGAGGAGGUCAGAAGAAAUUCGUUUUCCGAUCGGUUGUGGGCGGCUGAAGCCACGGCAAGUUAUUCCGCUGCUAGUGGCGGUGACGAAGAUAUCGUGUAUCCGCCGGAUCACGUGGAAAGCUUGAUAACGGUAAACUCUGACAAAUCUGGGGGCUCGGACAACGCCUUUACAUCGGGGGGUGAGAAUUGUUCGGUUUAUUCUGACGAGAUAGCGGAGCGUCCCAUAACGCUCGAAAUCCCAUUGAAGGGUCCUGAUGCACCGCGAAUCUGCGUAAAGUUAAGUCCGUACACGAUAACUACUGUGGACCUCGAUACCGGCCGCGCGGCGACCUCGAAGAUUGUACAGACCAUGAUGAGCACUCGCGCCAAGGGAUCCAAAAGCCAACCAACUACGCCUACAAAUGCUGAUAGGUUGCCUUUGAGGGCAUCUGUUGAGACGCUUCCACCCAUGAGCCCUCAGCGCAAGGUGACCAUUCGUGCCAAGUUCAUCGGGUGCAGGAAGGCAUCACGCUACAAUGACGGAUCCGACGCUUCUCCUAACGCGUCGCAAACGAAGCAAAGCCCCAAAGCAAAUGGAAUAUCAAACCAAACAAAUCUGUCCGUUCGUAAAACACCUAGUCGUUCACGUGCUCCCGAGUCACAUGCGUACAAGGAUAACUACGCGCCCCCUUCACGGCGGAGUUCUGUAUGCCAAUACGUCACCCCUAGGAUCAAGCAGCAAAUGUCGGAUGCGGCGCCAAACUGGUCAGUUGACGAAAUGUUGUCCAGGUCGCGCAGCUCAAACUCUCGCGUCGGUGGGCCCCUUGUGGCAGGGCGGUCCGUCAGCGGGAACAACUCCAAUUCCUUGGUGUACAUGCGUCCCCGGCCCCCGUGGCAUCCUAAGCGUUCUGAGGGCCGCGGAAGCCUCUAUGAAGCGUCAUCGUCGGAUGUUUCUUCAUCUGUUUCUCGGCAAAGGAGGGCAGCAGCCAAGGGGAAGGCUAAAUCCCCUACGAAGCUGCGGAGAAGUGAAUCGUCGUCGUCUUUAACCGAUUCAGUGUCCAACCGUAGCGCAGCAUCUCACUGCCCACCGAAGGUCGAAAGGAAGCGCGCCGAAAUAAGCGACGCUGGUGAAAACCCGAAGACGGCCUUCAACAGGCUCGCGAGAGGCGAACGAAUAUAUUGCACUUUUCGUGGCGUUGUUGUGCCUAAAUCCCGGCCAUGCGCGCAACCCGCUACUGGUCGCGUGGUUGAGUCUCGUGACACAUGCCGCGAGCACUUGACCACGAGGUCGCCUCGCCGAACGCCUGCGUCAAGCCCCUUCCGAAUGGACCACAUGUACGAAGAGUAUGUCAACGUGGAUUCGGACAGCGAUGACACUUGCUACGCCUCCGAAACGAGUUCUAAUGAAGACUGCAGCUGCGAGCGUUCGGCUGCCGCUAAGUGCUGUGCUAACGAGGUCCGCAGCGUGAUCACUCGGGACUACGGUUGCGACAACAGGGUGGCAACACCGCCACGCUGCAGAUCGGGCCGAGUUCAGCAAUAUGCUCAAUGCUGCGAGAGCGAAGUGUGCAGUCCGACGUCUGACUCUUAUGAGUGCGACUGCACGUGCACGAAGCCUUCAUGUGGUGGCACCGGAGCAUCCCCGCCGAGCAUAGCCAUCCACGUAUGCCAUCACUGCGCUGACCAACCAAAUGGCACCGUGUGCUCCGCCGCAACGUACGCUAGCGCCAACGGCUGCCACAGCCCAGGCGUGUCCCCCGGCAACCCGUGGCAGAGGAGGACGCCGCCAUCAGCUCCCAACGUCGUUUACCAAUACACGAAUUCGGGCGUAGUAGUGGACAACUAUUGA